CCUCCCUCUUCCCGGAAACUCACCUUGCCAUCAUUGAUUCUUCUCCUCAACAUGCAUUAUCGUCAAACAUGAACGGAGCAGAAAAGUCUGCAACGCUCGAGAUCUACGAUCCCAGCGCCAUCCCCGACUACGACCACGACUUCAUCAAUUCCGAUGACCUGCGACAGUUCGAGAACGCCCUGACCGAUCAAGGGGCCUCACCAUUGGUGGCUCUCAACGAUUGGCGCCCGAUAUACCAGCGAGUUGUCAAAAAAGGCCGCAGCCGUCGCAAAGGCCCGCGACGCACCAAGGAUGAAACGAGAGAAGGGGUUCUGUACACAUUCCUCAAGUGGCCGUUCCUGCUCAUCGUCUUCGGCUGGAUCACGGCUCUGGCCAUCGCUUACGCCUUGACGCGAAUCUAUAUCGUCCUCUACGAACAUUGGAUCUCCUGGAGGGGCACGCGGCAACGGCUGCGGAGGCAGCUCCAUGCGCAGACCAACUACCGCGACUGGCUGAAAGCCGCCCAGGCGCUCGACAACUACCUCGGCAACCAGCGGUGGAAGGAGAUUGACGAAUAUGCAUACUACGACCAUCUCACCAUCAAUAACCUUGUGAAGCAGCUGCGGAAGGCGAGACGAGAGGUGGAGCGCGAGAUGCAGGACAAGAGUGGUGGCGCAGGAGACACGCCUGCGGCUGAGGAGCUGUGCACCCUGCUGGAAGCGUGCGUCAAGAAUAACUUCGCUGGAGUGGAAAAUCCUCGCCUGUAUAGCGAGGCUUAUUCGGGGACCAAGAACCUUGUGCAGACGUACAUGGACGAGCUGCAUGCGUGCAUCCAGGUGGUGUCGGAGUCGAAGACGAUCAGCAAUCAGGAGAAGAUCCGUCACUUCAAGCAUCUGGACACCAACUUUGGACGUACCGCGCUCUGUCUCUCUGGCGGUGCCACCUUCGCUUACUACCACUUCGGUGUUGUACGGGCGCUUUUGGACAACGAGAUUCUGCCGGAGAUCAUUACGGGAACAUCAGGCGGAGCGCUGGUGGCUGCCUUGGUUGCGACCCGAACCGAUGAGGAAUUGAAACAGCUGCUUGUCCCUGCGCUGGCGCACCGGAUCAAGGCCUGCCACGAGAGCUUUCCGCAGUGGUUCAUGCGCUGGUGGAGGACGGGCGCCCGGUUCGACACUCUGGAGUGGGCUCGUCAAUGUAGCUGGUUCUGUAGGGGAUCGAUGACGUUUCGAGAGGCGUAUGAGCGAACGGGACGUAUACUAAAUGUGUCAUGUGUCCCAUCGGAUCCUCACUCUCCUACUAUCCUAGCUAAUUAUCUUACCUCGCCUGAUUGUGUCAUCUGGAGCGCUGUUCUAGCGUCUGCGGCAGUGCCUGGCAUUCUAAACCCUGUGGUGCUCAUGACCAAGAAACGCGACGGCACACUUGCGCCUUACUCCUUUGGACACAAGUGGAAAGAUGGUAGCUUACGGACCGACAUUCCCCUCAAAGCGCUGAACCUGCAUUUCAACGUCAACUUUACCAUUGUCUCGCAGGUCAACCCCCAUAUCAACCUCUUCUUCUUCAGCUCGCGAGGGUCGGUCGGCCGGCCAGUCACCCACCGCAAAGGCCGAGGCUGGCGCGGCGGGUUUCUGGGGUCAGCGAUCGAGCAGUACAUCAAGCUUGACAUGAACAAAUGGCUGCGCGUUCUGAGACAUCUCGAGCUCCUCCCGCGUCCCUUGGGUCAAGAUUGGAGUGAGAUCUGGCUUCAAAAGUUCAGCGGCACCGUCACCAUCUGGCCCAAGACCAUCCCGUCGGAUUUCUGGCACAUCCUGUCCGACCCAGACCCCGAGCGUCUCGCGCGCAUGCUGCGUGUCGGCCAGCAAAGCGCCUUUCCCAAGAUUCAAUUCAUCAAGAACCGACUCAAGAUCGAGAUUGCCGUCGUCAAGGGACUUCAGAAGUUUACACAAGCCGGCGCCGCCCCGGCGCCGCUGCCCGGUGGGUCAGACACCAGCAAUUCGCUGUCGCGGCGGUUGGACGAGAACCUCCCCAGUCGACAGAUGAACCACGGCAGCAACGACCACGCCAGUACGGGCGAAUCGCAGUAUCUGGUGGAUACGUCUUACUCGGACCUGUCAUCGGCGGAGGAGUCCUCGCACGCCCCGUCCCGGCUACGACUGCGGGUCCCGGAGCCCCGACGGGGAAGCUCGGGGGGCAACAUCUUCGAAGAGAUGCGACGCCAAUCGGCGGUAUUCUUCGAUGAUGUGGAUAUGUAUGGUGAGGAGGAUGGACUCCGGGGCGAAUAGAGUUGGUGCUUUGUUCGGAAUACAUGCAUGCAUACACUACACAGUACACAGCCAUCUAUUCUUCUAGUCCCGUCUAUUUAGCCGUUGCUUAUCAUGGUGCUGUUGUUGGUUAUCAGCCGUUGUUCAAGUUUCAGUUUAUUAGAUCAUUUCCCUAGCUAUCUAGCACAGACACAGUAACAUACGACAGCGCUAGCUAGUCACACUAGCUGAAUUGUAUCAUAUAUUACUUUCC